AUGCAGCGCAGAAGUCGCUCGUGGGGUCCGCGCGCGGCCGCAACUGUGAAGGUGCUGCUGGCAUGGGGCGCCGACCCCACUGCGAGAGCCAAUGGCCAGACGCCGUUCGAGAUGACGCCCAAUCAUCCGACGUGCAAGCCGCUGCCAAAGGACCACAGGUUCACCAUUCAGGAUUGCCAGGAGGUGUGCAAGGUGCUGCGCGACGGCUUGCCCGCAGCAGAGAAGGCGGCCAUCAAGGCCGGCAAGCUGCUGGACGACGGCUCCAGGGACUUGCCAAAGUGCUGCGCCAAUAGGACCUCGACAAACAUCACACUGACCCAGUGCUGCUUCUGA